AUGGACUCCAGGAACUGGACAAUAGCCACCGAAUUAAUAUUGCUGGGAUUUUCCACCAAUCGAAAUGUGAACCUGGCUUUGUUUCCAUUGUUUUUUGUUAUGUACGUCAUCACGUUUGUUGGGAAUGGCCUUAUGAUAUUCAUCAUUUUUUUUAACCCUCGCUUACACAUCCCGAUGUACUUUUUCCUCUGCAUUCUAUCCGUUCUAGACCUGUCUUACUCUUCGACUGUUGUGCCAAAACUACUGGAAGACCUGUUGUCCGUACGUGGCCUCAUCUCAAUCAGGGGCUGCGCCAUGCAGCUUUAUAUGAUACUACUUCUUGGAGGUACUGAGUGCCUCCUGUUGGCUCUUAUGGCUUACGACCGCUACGUAGCCAUCUGCCGCCCUCUCCACUAUACGGUCCUUAUGAGAUGGAGCGUUUGCUAUAUCCUCACAGCCUUCAUGUGUACGGCGAGCUUUGUAAUAUAUUUGCUCCCGUCCUUGUUGAUGCCCCUAGAGUUGUGUUACCCAAACCAGAUCAAUCACUUUGUGUGCGAGGUUCUAGCUGUCAUUAAACUGGCAUGUGGUAAUAUCUACCUGAGCGAACUGGUCAUAUUUUCGACCAGUUUUAUUUCGCUUCUUCUCCCUUUUGUGUUUAUUAUAGUAUCGUACGUUUGUAUUAUAUGUUCUGUAUUAAAGGUUCACUCCGCAGGAAGGUCGAAGGCCUUUUCCACCUGCACUUCCCACAUUUCCGUGGUGUCUUUGUUCUUCGGGACCAGCAUGAUUAUGUACUUUGGACCCUCAUCUCAGUACUCGUCUAAUCAGCAGAAAUAUGUCUCAUUAUUUUAUGUGGUUGUGUCACCGAUGUUAAAUCCUCUUAUCUACAGUUUGAAUAACAGGGAGGUUAAAAGGACGUUUGUGAAAGUGUUUUCAAGCUUGGAUGUUUCUCGUUAA